AUGUCUGUGAGGCUGCUGUCAGUAGAUGUGUCAGAUCGGGGCUCUCAGAGAUGCAGACUCGGUCCAGGUUUGAUGUCCUCGCUGGGUCUGAGUCUGGGCUCCCCUCUGCUGGUGUGUCUUCCAGGGGGAAGCUGCCUGUGCACGGCUUGGCCCAGAUCUGACCUGGCUGAGGGUUUCCUGCAGAUGGACAUAAAAUGUGCCUCUCCAAAUCUGAUCUCUCAUCCACCCACACAUCUGAACCUGGAGCCCUCCCAGCUCUCACCUGUACCCUGCCCUAAACUGAGAGGUGUCAAGAUAACUGUGGUGGUCCAGAGUGGGGAGUUUAGAAAACACACACCUUCUCGACUCAUUUAUGAGCUUGUGAAAGACAUGCUGAAAGGUGUGUAUGUCUAUGAGAAGCAUGUGAUAAAUCUGGAAGACUUUGACACAGAGAUCAGAUAUAUUAUUGUUGAGAGCAUCAACCCGGAUUCUGCUAGUGCCGGAUUAAUCACCUCAAAAACUGCUGUGGAGAUAGCUGGCAUCCAGACAGUAAGACACUACAGGAGUCUGCUGCAAGGCCAGGACACAGUCCCACUCGGGGGUCUGGAGGAGGUCAGUAGUAUAUCAAAGUUGUCCAUGAGAAAAGAGAGUGUAUAUCUCAAUUUUGUGGUUUGUUUCAUUGCUGUAUUUCAGGUGAGUGCAUCCCUUAAAGAGAUGCUGCAGCUGCCCUUGCUCUAUCCAGGCACGUUGAGCUCUCUUGGUUUGUCAUGUCCCAGAGGUGUGCUGUUGGUGGGACCUCCAGGGGUGGGCAAGACCUUGCUGGUCCGGAGAGUGGUUGGGGAGGUGGGAGCCAGCCUGGUGGUGGUACAAGGGCCUGAGGUAAAAACACGAAACAAAAUAUUACAAUGUAUUACUACUAUCCUGCUGUAUUUCCUAACAUAUAUUUAAAGGGAUAUUCCAGUGUAAAAUUAAUUUAGGGUCAAACACACCGUCACACCGAGUUAGAUACCCCCCAAGAGAUGAAUGUUGCCGAACGCUCGCUUCUCCAGUUAUGCCAACUUCAGUAAUGACCGCACGAUAGCAAUAAGUAGAGCCACGCAAUCAACCAAAAAGCCACUCUAUAGCCACAAAUAAUGCUCAGAACAGCACCUAACUUCAUCAACAGUACAUAUAGGGUCCCAGCCAUAGUACUAGCCACCAAACAUCUUUUUAGCUUUGCCUGAUUUCUUUAGCAAAGAGACUAAACACAAUACUCACCGUCUCUCUUCCAGCAGCCACAUGUUUGUACGGAGACCUUCGGGCGAGUCCAUCGAGAACAUUUAUGAUCAUUAAGUUAUGGAAAUGCAAUCAGACCGAGGCGCUAAUGCAGAAGAACUACCGCAUCUGCAGUGCAAAAUAAUUAAUAUGGUGAUUAUUACUUCAAGGAAAUGAUAAAGUAAUGAUCAUAAAUGUUCUUCCUUGAGCUGCGUCACCCCACUGCAGUCAAUGGACUGGCCCGAAGGUCUCCGUACAAACAUGUGGCUGCUGGAAGAGAGACGGUGAGUUGUGUUUAGUCUCUUUGUUAAAGAAAUUAGGCAAAGUUAAAAAGAUGUUUGGUGGCUAGUACUAUGGCUGGGACCCUAUAUGUACUGUUGAUGAAGUUAGGUGCUGUUCUGAGCAUUAUUUAUGGUCAUAGAGUGGCAUUUUGGUUGAUUGCGUGGCUCUCUGUAUUUCUAUCAUGUGCUCAUUACUAAAGUUGGUAUAACUAGAGAUGCAAGCGGUCGGCAACAUUCACCUCUCCAGUGGGUGUCUAUCUUGGUGUUACGGUGUGUCUGACCCUAACUUAAUUUUACACCGGAAUAUCCCUGUAAGCCCCUUUUGACUCAUUUGCUUGUGUGGCAUUUUUAUGUAAAAAAUUUUUAAUGGUAUUUGUAAAUUUUUGUUUCAGGUGGUGGGAUCGCGACCGGGUGAGAGUGAGGAAAAGUUGCGGUCUGUAUUUGAGAGUGCUCGAUCAGCAGCUGAAGAAGGUCCAUGUGUGCUCUUCUUGGAUGAGUUAGACUCUCUGUGUCCAAGGAGAAUUGCAUCAUCGGCACCAGAAAACCGCCUUGUGGCUCAGCUUCUCACACUGAUGGACGGGAUGAAUCAGUCCGAUAGAUUCCUCAUCAUUGGAGCCACGAACCGACCAGACAGCUUGGACCCUGCACUGCGCAGGCCUGGGAGAUUUGACAGAGAGGUGCAGAUGAUAAAACAUGUCCCACUGUGUGAUAAUAGAUGUAAAUAAAUCUUUGAGGAGGAUCUUUAUUCUACCUUUUACCUUCAGGUUAUCAUUGGAGCUCCCACAAUGCAGCAGAGGAAAGACAUCUUGUCUGUUUUGUGUGCGAAGAUUCCAGUGUGUCCCAGUGUGGACAUGAUAGAUCUUGCAUUGAGGACAGUAGGCUACGUGGGAGCAGACCUCAGCGCUCUGUGCAGGGAAGCAACUAUGCAUGCUAUACGAGAGUACUCAAAGGUAAAUAGAGUUAAUCUUUUUUCAGUGAAGAGCAUUAUUAUCAUGUUUUUUUUGUUUGUUUGUUUGGUUUUUUUGCACCAUACAUGAGUAAGUGGUUUGAAGCUACAUGUUAACUUUAUUGGUUAUACUAGUAAAAAAAAAAGAAAUUGAAUUGAACAUAAAUUAAAACCAAGUGUAAGAACUGACUUAAUCACUCUCAUGUGAUCAAAAAAAACAAUAAAUGAUUAUUUUCAUUUUGUCCUGUUGUUGCUGUUCUGCAGGGUUCAGGAGAGCAGGCUGUGGGUUUGAAGCACUUCCAGGAGGCUCUAAAGUCAGUGCGUCCCUCUUGCUUGAGGAGCAGCCUGGGAAGGACAGAUUUAUCUCCAAUUUCUUGGGAGCAGAUUGGAGGACUAGAAGAAGUCAAGCUCAAAUUGAGACAGGUACACAGCAGAGGGCUUAAGCAAAAGAAAUCAAGAGAUUGAUCACUUGAGUGUUGACUCAUGAAAUAGUAUCUCUGAUUAUGAUGGUUAUAUAUUCUAUUUUCUCUUGUGUCUGAACAUUUUAGAGUAUUGAGUGGCCGAUGAGAUACCCUGAGGCGUUUGUGCGUCUGGGCCUGAGCCGGCCUCGUGGCGUGCUGCUCUAUGGACCUCCAGGAUGUGCAAAGACCACACUUGUCAGGGCUGCAGCCACUUCAUCUCACUGUGCCUUCCUGUCUGUCAGCGGUGCUGACCUCUACUCUCCCUUUGUUGGAGACUCAGAGAAAGCUUUAGCACAGGUAUUUUCUUCCUACUGCUUGUAGUAACUCCAUUGAAUCUCAGCUGUGAUUGUGUCCUCCUGUCUGUGUCAUUCAUGAACACCUACAUUUAUUUGUACGUGUUUAGCUGUUUCGGCAGGCCCGCGCCUGCGCUCCCUGUAUCCUGUUCCUUGAUGAGAUCGACUCUCUGAUUGGUUCACGGUCAAACAGUCAGACAGCUCAUGGCGUACAGACCCGCCUGCUGUCUGUGCUCCUGAAUGAGAUGGAUGGAGUCGGCUUGAAGACACUGGAGAGGAGAGGGACAGAGAAGAUCCUUCAGGUGGAGGGGGCGGAUGAGAAUUGUAAACAGGAAGAGGUCAGGCUUUAAGUCCUCUUAUUGUUGCUCAUAAAGCCCUCUGACCGGUUCUAUGGGGUUCAAUCCUUUUUAAUUUUUUUGACAGGUGGACUGCCAGGAAGUGUGCAACAAGGAUGUGAUGGUUAUAGCUGCAACAAAUAGACCUGACUGUUUAGACAGCGCCCUCCUCAGACCCGGCAGGUUGGACCACAUCAUCUAUGUCCCGCCACCUGACCAGCAGGUGAGUAAUCUGUCUGAAGGUCAUGAAAAAUGGAGUAUAACAGUUUGCAGAGGUCUUAUAGCAUUUUGGUCCAUCAAUCAGACACCAUAAAAUAUAAGUCACCCUCUUCUUGCUUGAGCUCCUGCAGUAUGAGAGCAUUUUUUUUAAUAUUGACAUCUUUAAAAACAAAGUCACAUGCCUAACCUUUAAUCUUCAUUGUUUACGUGUCUCUCUGCAUGUUCAGGCUCGUCUUUGCAUCCUGAAGCUGCGCACAAACUCAAUGCCUCUAGGCGCUGAUGUGUGCCUAGAGGAGCUGGCAGCGAAGACCGAGCUUUACUCUGGAGCUGACCUGGAGAAUCUGUGUAAAGAGGUAAACAAGAGAACACGCACACACAAAAACACAAACAAAAGCCUGAUUUUCCUGCAGCUUGAGUAUCAAAUAUGAAAUAUAAUGUUGUCAUGAGUGUUAAUCAAGAUAUCUACACCAAGUUCCUAAAUACCUAAAAGUGUUUUUGUUUUCCAGGCUGCUCUGUUGGCACUUGAAGAGGAGAACAUGGAGGCAUCUGACAUCAAACACACAUACUUCCUCCGAUCCCUCGAUAAAAUGACUCCCUCUCUCACUUCCCAGCAAAUCCUGACGUAUCAAAAAAACCCAAGAUGACAAAGCAGAUAUGAUAAUUCCCUCUGCAUUGACAUUUUGUACAAUUUUGCAGAUACUGUUUUGAAAUAAAAUCAUUAAAACUGCAUUCCUGUUGUCUUUUACUUGUUUAUGUGUCAUGAAUCAUCUUCAAAUUAUUUGUUUUUUUGCGAUCUGCAAGCCAAACUGAAAAUAUUUACCCUUACUUUCAUUCUCAAAUGUGGCCACAGGAGGGUGCUGGUCACCCAGAAAAAAGUAUUGAUCAUCAGGAAAGUGGAUCUGUUGAUAAAUUGACCUCCACUGGUGCUAUUCAGAACAGGAAGCUUGGUCUGUCUGUCUACGUGCCUCUCACCUCGUACUACCUCUCCCAUCCAGCCUACAUCAGCCGGCUCACAGGAUGCUGCGCAAACAGUUGUGAAGGACUCCUCGGCAACAACAGGUGAGACUUGCUUCACUGCUCCCUCUGGAACUUGUUGACUUCACUGCAUGGGCUCUCAGCAUCACUGAGAGAGAACAUUGUCUUUUCCUCUGUAGAAUUUACUGACAUCAAGAUGAGAGGUGGAUUUUUUCAAAUGUUACGGAAGAAGAAGGAGGUAAGCCACUGAAAUGUGAUCAUUUUUUUUAGUUUUUGAUUUUGUAGGAUAUUAUUCUCUUUUAAUAACGUGAUGGAGAUUUAGAACUCUCUUUUUACAUGUAUAUUCCAGCUGAUCCCUCUGAUAGGGUUCAUGGCUUUUGCUGCGACAGGAGCCACCUCUGCUUCACUUUACUUUCUGCUGACUAAACCUGACGUUAUGUGAGUAUCUUCAGACAAAUUAUAGUUUCCACUUAUUUCAUUAUAUAAUGUGCUUAAAAUUGCACUUGUCUGUGUGUCUUUCCCAGUUCUGCCCACUUUUUAUGAAAGAAAUGUUCAAUAUUGAUGUUACAUUUUAUCAUCUUCAGUUUGAACAAGACUAGAAACCCAGAACCAUGGGAGAGAGUUGACCCAUCAAAACCCCAGAAGGUAAUCUCUAAUAAUCUCUAACGCCAUUUUCAUCUCAUUAUGUUGUUAAAUACACUUAAUAUAGUCACAUUUCUCCUUUAAACAGCUGCAAUCAGCUGAGUCAACGAGGAAGUAAAUAUAGCAUAUUGACUGUAAUUUAAGAUGAGUGUCAAGAUGGUUUUGUCACAACAUGUAUGGGAUUAUAGCUGAAUGAGUAACCUGCAAAUGGUAACACCUAUAAUGAGGUCAGGCGAAGCUCCGAUUUAAUGUCCAUUUCUGUAUUGUGCUGCAGCUCAUCACCAUCAAUCAGAAGUGGAAACCUGUAGAGGAGCUGGAGUUGGUGAAGAGCCUCCACAAGUAA